AACAUUUCGAGUCAUCGAAUGGCACAUUUCUAUAAUACAUUAUAGUGUGUGGACGCAGCCUUGAUGGCCUCUUUCCUCGUUUCUCGUAGCACAAUUCUGGAAACAUUACUUGGCGUAGUGUGUUACGGGUCUAGUCGUAUCCACUGAUCUGUGAUCAUAUUGGGCGCCUUUUGGUAGUCGUACCAACGUACGAAUCUGAGCUUACCGGUGGAGCGCUGAAGGCUGGCUGAAGGUUCGCUAACAGCUGGGUGGGGAGGAGCAGGGUAGUCGUACAGUUGAGGAGGCUGAUUGGGGCCCGGGUUGAGAUAUGAAACGUGGUUUAAUACGAUUAGCUGUAUGAAGGAAUGGACGCAUAGAGAACUAGGUUUAUCGGAUAAUUUUCAGGACGCUAGGGAAUAAGUGGUUUGGUUAUCCGGAGAAUAUUGGGCAGACUUUUCGAGUGAGAUUAAAUGAACGUCAAUGGCUUUUAAAAAGCAAUGUCUGUUGUCUCUUCUGAUAACAUUAUUAUUUUUUGUAAGUUUAUCGACAGCCGGAAAAGAAGAGGAAGAAGGUGUGAAGUACGCCGAUGAAUGUGAAGUUUGUAAAAUACUUGCCAUUGAAUUGGAGUCUCGUUUGGAAGAAACUGGAAAAUCUCACGAUGUCAUAGAACUAGGAUAUUCUGUUGAUGAUGUUAAACCAAAAAAGAAGACCAAAUAUCAAAAAUCAGAACUGAGACUAAUUGAAUCAUUGGAAGGUGUUUGUGAUCGUAUUCUAGAAUACAACAUUCACAAAGAAAGAUCUGAUAGUACACGUUUCGCCAAGGGUAUGAGUCAGACAUUCCAAACUUUACAUGGCUUGGUUGAUAAAGGUGUGAAAGUGGAACUUGGUAUUCCUUAUGAACUAUGGGAUAAACCAUCUGUAGAGAUUACAAACAUGAAAUCACAGUGUGAAACGUUGCUUGAAGAAAAUGAGCAAGUCAUUGAAAACUGGUAUUGGAAGAGGCAGGGAGAAAUUCCAUUAAAAACAUAUCUAUGUUCAGACCGUGUUUUAAAGGGUAAAGAUGAUCGUUGUUUGAAGGAAGAUGUGAAAUUGAAGAACAAAGGAGAAAAAAGUGACAGAGGGGACAAAAAAGAAAAAGAAGAAUUAUGACCUUUAUUGUAAUGGACUGACUACUGUGUGUAUGGACCAUGUAAGAAUUUGGAAAGCAUGCCCUUGACCAAUGCUCCUUAUAAAUCUUGAAUUUCACAUUGGAUGUGUACAAGUCCUUUUGACAAUUGUGCCUCAAAUUGAAGCAUUUUAUAAUAUACGUUUCAAAGCUCUUAAACCUGAAAUUUCGAAAUAUAAAAUCAUACAUUGCAAAUAGAUUUUAUGUUUCUCAAUUUUAAUUUAGGUUGGCUUUGUUUCUGCUGAUGCAAGUCACUAGUUAUUUAGAAAUAUUUGUUAUUGAUUUUAAGUCAUCUCUGUAAACAUGAGUGAUGUAAUGGUUUUGAGCAGAGACCUGCCAAAGUGAUACCUAAUAUAAUGAUGAUUAUUGAUGAUUACAAUAAAACAUUUUUAUUGUUUUAAAUUCAUGCUUUCCAUAUAUUUUCUUCUUAUGUUAAGAUAUACACCCUUUAAGACAAAAUUAAAUACUUAUUUUUUUCUGUUUUUAUUAUGUUUGUACAAGGAGCGGAAGGGUUUGAAUACACUUCCUUGUGUUAUAUUUGAAGACAAAUUUCAAAUUUAGAAAGUUUCGAAAGGUAGU